UUAGGGCCGGUCGCGCCUGCGCACCGAGCGCCCCGCCGGCGGGUAGUUACUUUUGAACUGGUGGCGGGGAAGAGCGGAAGGAGGCGUGAGGACGAGGUCUGCGGUGAGGUCGGCUGCGUUCUCCGCUAGAUCUAGUGAUGGCUCAGCAGCUCGCCCGGGAGCAAGGCAUCACGCUGCGCGGGAGCGCGGAGAUCGUGGCGGAGUUCUUCUCCUUUGGCAUCAACAGCAUUUUGUAUCAGCGUGGCAUUUAUCCGUCGGAAACCUUUACCCGAGUGCAGAAAUAUGGGCUGACCCUGCUUGUAACUACUGACCCCGAGCUCAUAAAGUAUCUCAAUAAUGUGGUGGAGCAGCUGAAAGAUUGGCUGUACAAGUGCUCAGUUCAGAAACUGGUGGUGGUCAUCUCAAACAUUGAAAGUGGGGAGGUCCUUGAAAGGUGGCAGUUUGACAUUGAGUGUGACAAAACUGCAAAAGAAGAAGGUGUGUGUAGAGAAAAGUCACAGAAAGCCAUCCAGGAUGAAAUCCGUUCAGUGAUCAGACAGAUCACAGCUACCGUGACAUUUCUGCCACUGUUGGAAGUUUCUUGUUCAUUUGAUCUGCUAAUUUACACUGACAAAGAUUUGGUUGUACCUGAAAAGUGGGAAGAAUCAGGACCCCAGUUCAUUGCCAAUUCUGAGGAGGUCCGCCUGCGUUCCUUUACUACCACAAUCCACAAAGUGAAUAGUAUGGUGGCCUACAAAGUGCCUGUCAACGACUGACGAGAAGGUGAAGAAAGCCAGGAUCCUACUUUGAUAAAUGUGCCUCAGUGUUCCAUUUCUUGGGUUCCUCCUGGACUUGCCAUACAGUCAACAUUCCAGGAGGGCUGCACAUUAUUAAGGGGAACCAGCAGAUUGUGUCAGCAUUGUGGAGUGGAUUUUUUUUUUCUUUUUAAUACAGUGGUCAUUGUAGAUAGAAAACUUCUGUUAAAAAGCUAAAUACUUCCCCUAACAUUUAGCUCAGGAAUCUUCACUGGGAUAUAGAGAAGCACCUGAAUGUAAAUACAGCAGAAGGAAUCAAAGGUUUGUUUAGUUCUGAGAGUCAUGAAUGCUGCCUUAUUGUGUCCAUUUUAUUUCUCCUUGUAUAGAUCCCAUAUUGAAUACGUGUUAAUUAUUUUAUUUUACUGUAUAUACCCUGAACUCAAAGCAAUUGAUACUGUUUAAAUUCUGUAAUAAAGAACUCUCUGUUUUAAUGUUUUAUAAAAAAAAAAAAAUCAAGCUUUAAAUAACUGAUAAAAAAUUAACUCAUGUUUUAAGUUUGUGUUACAAUGUCUUUGAUGGCUAGUUUGGUAUUAAUACAGUCAGAUACUGCAAUGGA